ACAGCAAAUAUUAUCAGCAUCACAAACCGUUCGCAUACGUAAAGUCCUGAUCAACUCUCUGCCGUCUGAUCAUCUUCAUAAAAUGGCUGAGCACCAACGGCAAUCCCAGGACCCGGGCCACAUGCAGCCUCGGUCCCACCAAGUUGUCAAGGCAGCCACUGCGGCCACCGCUGGUGGCUCACUCCUGGUCCUCUCCGGUUUGAUCCUAGCCUGUACGGUCGUUGCGUUGACCGUAGCCACACCACUGUUUGUGAUAUUCAGUCCGGUCCUCGUCCCUGCGGUCAUUACAGUAUCGCUUAUUAUCAUGGGGUUCUUGACCUCCGGCGGAUUCGGCGUGGCCGCGGUGACCGUUUUGUCGUGGAUCUACAGGUACGUGACGGGGAGGCACCCACCCGGAGCGGACCAACUUGACCACGCGCGCAUGAAGCUGGCUAGUAAGGCUCGAGAGAUGAAGGACAGGGCUGAGCAGUUUGGUCAGCAGCAUGUCACCGGUUCUCAGGGCUCUUAAGCUAGCUCCAUCCGCCAUCAUGUGUCUGAUCUGUGUCUCUUUGCGAUGGAAGCCUGUACGUACUAGAGGGGUUCAUCGGUUGUCUUUGCUUUGCAAUUCUGUUGUUUAAUUUUAUGCUUUUAUGGGGUAUGCAUGUUAUGGUCUUUGACUCUUUGUAAUGAAUUGAACUCUCUGU